AAUCCCCUCGAGUAAUUAUAUCAGCAUUUUCCCCGGUUUACACCCGCAGCGGAAGAGAAGAGAAGAAAGAGAUUGUGUGGAAGAAAAUGGUGAAAGUUGCGAGGAAGCGCAAGACCAGGAAUCGAGUUUCUCCGCCACCACAGAAACGCACAAAAGUUGAGCCAAGGAAGCAGAAGAAGCAAACGAAGAGAAACGUUUCCUCUGGCUCAACCGCUUUGCUUCACAAAGGCGCUGGAUCAGCAUCCUUAAUUCACCGCAGAAACUCGGCUUUCUCUUGUAACACACUUCCCUCCACUUCACACUCCACUCUCCUUCAGCAGCCAUGUGAAAAAAUUUCAUGCCAGGAAAACCUCCACUCAAAUAUCUAUCCAGAGCCCGAAUUCUUUUCGGAAAAUAAACCUAUUGAGGCUAAAUUUGCCUCUUCCGAGAAUUCUUGCUUGGAAAGGGAACCGGCACCUGCCAUUUCUGAACAAUUCUCGUCUUCAAGGAACAAUAUUUUGACAGAAAACUGCUUUAGACAAAAUGUCAUCUAUCCAGAUCAGUUCUCGCCUUCUGAGCCUCCAAAGGAAAGGAAAUUUAAGAAUUCUGUGCAAAGUUCGGUGUAUCCGGGGGAAUUAUCGUUCACCGAAUCUGUAUUUGAUCCAGAGAUUGAAACGGCCCUGUCUAAGCUUGACCAUUGUGAAGCGGCAUUUCCUUCUCCUUGUGCAUUUUCUGACGCAACGCCUGAUCUUCCAUAUUACUACUCAGAUUAUGAGGUACAUCCGAUUAGUCCAUUUUUCAGCGCGAGUACCGAUGAUUUACUGGACUCUGCUGCACAUUCUUCAGUGCUUACCUGUUCUUCUUUAAUAACUGAGUAUGAGGAGAAAUUUUUGUCUUGGAAAGACUUUGCUUAUGCUAACUUACCGGAGCUUUCGUUUAGCAUAACGGAUCUUUCAGAAUCCCGUACUGGAAAUGACAAUAACGAGGAUUUCGAACUUGGUGAUGACGAAGAUGAGAAAACUUUUCAGAAAUUUAGAGCAAAAGAAGGAAGACAAGCACUGUUUUGGGAUAAUAUGUGGAAUUAUCUCGACUCGAACCUCUCCGAUGCCAUUGGACAACAGCGUCUUGUUAUGAUUAACUGGAUUAUGGAGCACACGGCGUCGAAUCAGCUUCAGUGGGAAACAUUAUUCUUAGGCGCAAAUUUAAUGGAUAGAUUCCUUUCCAAGGGAACGUUUCCAAGCGACAACCGUCUGCUGCAGGUCCUGGGAAUCGCCUGCAUGACACUUGCCAUCAGACUCGAAGAAAAGCAACCUUAUAAUUGUAUAAAGCAGGAAACUUUCAAGAUCGCAAACAAUUUUUUCAAGCGACGGGAAGUCGUUGCAAUGGAAUAUCUUCUUCUCAAAGGAUUAAAUUACCGAUGCUACACACCCACGAUUGCUAAUUUUCUGUGGUAUUAUUUGAAAGCUGCGAGAGGAGAUGUGGAGCUUGAGACGACGGCCAAAUACUUGGCAUGCAUGUCCUUAGUAGAUCGUCAGCUGCUCCGCUUUUGGCCGUCAACUAUAGCUUCAUCUUUAGUCAUUCUCGCCUGUCAGAUGCUUGAUCGAAAAGAUUCAUACAAAUUGGUAAUCGAGAAAUGUAGGAAGGAUGAUGAUGAAGAUUUGAAAGACUGCGUCGAGAGAUUGGAAUGGUUGCUGGAGAACGUGUGGUAGUAGAUAGUUAUGAGAAGAAUAAAUCGUUGUUUAUCUUAGAAGAUUUUCCUCGGACUCGCCAUCCAGACUUUGCUUUACAGUCUUAUUGUACUCGUGUAAAAACAACAAAUUUCCGGGGAGGCCCCAUUUCUGCUGUGUUUUCUGUGAAAACGUAGUUCGGAAUAAAUUUGAUUGCAUUAACGAUUAAGAUUUUCUUUUCUUUUAGUAAGUGUCAAUAUUUUAUAUAAUUGAUCUUACAAGAUUUCCCCAC